UCUCUCACUGCCUCUUUUCUCACUCACUGUCACUUCCCAAGAACCCUAAUUUCGCCAUUCCCUUCUCUGAGAUAUCUAGAAAUGGCGUUCUGCAACAAACUUAGCGGUAUUUUGAGACAAGGGGUUUCUCAGAGCUCAAAUGUUCCAGUGACAUCUAUGCUUGGCUCUCUUCGUUACAUGUCCACUAAGCUUUUUGUUGGUGGUCUCUCUUGGGGAACUGAUGACAGCUCCUUAAAGCAAGCUUUCUCUAACUUUGGUGAAGUCACAGAAGCAACGGUGAUUGCAGACAGAGAGACAGGGAGGUCAAGGGGUUUUGGAUUUGUCAGCUUCGACAGUGAAGAUUCUGCUAACACUGCCAUAACAGAAAUGGAUGGAAAGGAGCUGAACGGUAGGAACAUCCGCGUAAACCUUGCAAAUGAAAGACCAAGUGCCCCGAGAUCAUCGUUUGGUGGCGGAGGUGGUUACGGUGGCGGAGGUGGUGGUGGUGGCUACUAAAACAAACAAGCCAGAGGAUUUGAGAGAGAGGAGCCUCUGUACUUUCAGUAGUUAGUUGGUUAGUUUGUUGCCUCUUUUGUUAACUGCAAACAACCUUAACUGGUUUUGUUAAACUUAUUUAGCCCUGUUUUAGUUGUGUCUUUCAAUGAAUACCGUAGUAUCGU